AAUCCCCACGUAAAGCAGGAAAAUGUAGAAAUAAGCGGAGAAAAGACGCAGGAAUCCGUUUUUUAAGCUCCAAACUGAGCAGACUGGGAGUCACGUGGAGGCAACAUGACAAGAAAUGAAAUCUCACAGAAACGCAGACGAUUUUAGGGCAGAAAACGCGCAUUUUGCCCUUUCCUAAAGCGCUCUAACUGAUCCACUCCAUGUCUUAUCGGGCGCAUGUCGCAGCCGCAGCUUUGCGCGGACAAACUGCAGCUGUGCGCCGCAGAGCAACAAAUCCGGGACAGAGGGGACAAAAAGAAACCCGGCAGAUCCUCCACACGGGAACCCUUCUUCCAUCCGAGCCUCCAGCCGUCACCUCCAGCCUCGGUGCCGGUGCUCGACCCGGACCCGGAGCCGCGCCGCCGCCGCCGUGACGCUGCGUAAAAGCCGGAGCGCUUCUCGUUGUUUGCUGCGCUCCUCCGCAGCGGCCUCCAUUUUAGCUGCUCGCCCGGCCGCUGCCUCACGUGUCCUGGACUGUCUUCCUCACAUGACCCGUGUGUUUGUCCCCGUGAUCAGCGCUUCCAUCUCCGUGAAUCAGUGUCGUUGAAAGUCGGCGUGUUUUUUUUUUUUUCUUCGCUCCACCGGCGGCUCCAUGGAGAUGCUGGAGCAGAGUCUGGACAGCUCGGCCAGUCACGACAAACAGGAAGCAGAGGAGGUGGUGCAGCUGCAGGAAGGCGAGGGCAGCGACGAGGCGACUGCAGUCACCAUCACUGGAGUUCCUCAGGCUGCGUUCGCCGAACACAAUGUUCAGUAUCAGUUCAGGACAGACAACAGUGGAGGACAGGUGACCUACCGGGUGGUCCAGGUAACAGACGACCACUUAGAGGCUGCAGGUGAUGCCAGCGGAGCCGUCAGCGUCGUCUCCACCGCCGCCUUCGCCGGAGCUCCUCAGGCCGUCGCUCAGGCCGUCAUCCAGAACCCCUUCAGUAACGGAGGGAGUCCUGGAGGAGAGACGGUCGGAGGAGAAACACGCUUCGCUUAUUUUCCCGCCGCCACCGUCAGCGAUGGAACAGCGACGGCCGUAUCGGUUCAGGCGACGGCCGACCCGACCAUCACACAGGCAGGAGGUCAGUUCUACGUGAUGAUGAGCCCCCCCGAGGUGCUGCAGACCACCACCCCUCGGACCAUCGCUCCUCGAACACACACCUACACCACAGACCUCGGUGAAAGCGAGAUGUUGCAGCAGGGCAGCUCAAACUGGAAGGUGGAAGGUCCACGAGCUCCUCGAGACGAGAGGCGACGAGCGCAACACAACGAAGUGGAGCGAAGAAGAAGAGACAAGAUCAAUAACUGGAUCGUCACACUGUCGAAGAUCAUCCCCGACUGCAGCGUGGACAGUCGAACCGGAGCGAGUAAAGGAGGCAUCCUGUCCAAAGCCUGUGAUUACAUCCGGGAGCUCCGUCAGAGCAACCAACGACUGCAGGAGAGUUACAAGGAGGUGGAGCGAGUGGAGAUGGACAACGAGCUGCUGAGACAACAGAUCGAGGAACUGAAGAACGACAACGCGCUGCUUCGAGCUCAGCUACAGCAGCACGGCAUCGAGUUGAACGGAGAUGCGACGCCGCAGUGACGGAGGACCGAACACGAACACCCUCCAAGCAGGAACCACAACCAGAGACUAUUCGCAUCUGAAAUCGGACCACGAAUAAACACAAAGACUGCAGGCCGGCGUCUGUUUUUACGUUAAAUUAUAAACCUGCCACAGAUGAUUUCACAGCUUCACCUUUUUAUCGUCACUCCUUCCUUUUUUUGUUUGUUUGUUUCUCUGUUGACAUUUGCUGUGUUUGAAACUACUAAAUGUGACAUUGAGGAUGAUAAGUUCCCGUUUUUUUGUUUUUUUGGUCGUUCUUUUAAUUUAUUAGUUUUUAAGGAACGUGUGCACAGAGAGACAACCAAGAAAAGCUGCGUUUACUGUUUCCACGGCGACGAACAAACAGUCUCAUGAUGCUUUUACGGUCGGUUUUCACUUCCUGCCUCGUAACACUGACACUCCAAAGCACCGGGAAAACUAUGGGACUAGUCAGAGCGGCUCGGCUACGAUGGAGGUUUUGUUUGGAGGGAGAGUCCAGGUGUUGACACAGCUCAGGUAAACAGGAAGGUGCACCGGCGAAGCUGCUCCCGGCUCAUGAAGUCCCUCUGCGGAGUCCAGGUUGCGUUUGUGGCCCCGAUAGAUGCACUGUACAGAAAAAAAACUCAAACUGAGAUGAUUUUCCUCUCGUGAAUCAUUUCUGUCGGGCAUUAAACCCUCAGCGGGUUUGUGUAUCUGAGGUUCGCCAGGUGAGGUCCUGCCGCAGCUAACGGACAUGAGCUUGGCUUCUGCUCCAUUCUUUGCGAUAUUCUCGAACACCGAAGCGCUUUCUUCGGAAUGAGAGGAGACGAGCGAUGAUAGUUAGAACUAACCAGCUUUUGUCUACACUGAAAGUCACCACAGCAUGAAAUAUAACCACUGGCAUGACUAAUGCUGAUACUACAAUAAAACUGAAGUGUUUGUA